AUGUAUCCUCGGCCGUUCUCACGCGGGCCUUGGGAAGAAGGCCUCGCUGAUCCCCCAUCGCCUCGCUCUCUCGACACCCCCGAGCAUCCAGCCCAUAUCCGUUCUAGGUCCUCUGCGCACGCUCAUUCGCAGAGCCCUAAACGCCUGUCAGUCUUUAGCCGCUCUAGAAGUAACACCACCAAUACAACAUUUUCGACCUCCGGCUCCCCAGUGAACUCCAUGGAGGACCCAGCCCCGCAGCCCGAGGAGAGGUCCGCUUCUUCGCUGGGGGGGAGAUCCGAUAGAAACUCUCGAUCGUUCUUGGCUCGGGGGAGUCGCAUUCUCCGCCGUCAGGGAAGUAAGGUCAAUGUCGUCGCCACGCUGGACGAGGAGACAGAGAUGGCCCACCCGGAGAGUUCAUUACCACCCAGACCUGAUAGACCGGAAAGACCUGAAAAGGCCGACAGGCCAGAGACCUCCCGGCGACAUCGGUCUCGCCACCAGGAUCACCACCCGGCUGAACUCAUGUCUUGUAUAGAUGAACGACUCAAGAGAAUCAUCUCAGACCCUUAUGAUUUCCAUCAUCUCACCCACACCAGUGUGGCGCAGUUCCAGACCAUUGAUAGGGCUCGUGAACACGACCUCGUGACGGAAUUCUCUAUUAUGCGUGCAUCCCAACGUCCUGAAACCGGCCUCAAGGGCAUCCGGGCUGAGGAUAUCCAUUUGCAGAGCUCCUCAACCGAGGAAUCGACGAACCAACCCCUCAGGGCUCCCCGAGAUCACCUCAGCCCUCCAUGGGCUCCCCCCCAAAUGGGCCACGAGCGAAGAUAUUCUCGCCAAUUUGAGAACUUUUCUCGGCCAGUCCCCAGAUACCCACGAUCGUGCCCAACAACUCCCCCGCCUCACGCCAUCCCAGAGACUCCGUCAGAAGCUGAAUCUGCGCCGCUUGCCAUCGAUGCAGUCUUGGAAUCGUCAACGCCAAAGACCAUCCCAGCAGACGCUGAAGCGCAUUCGCCUUCCAUCUACAGCGUAGAUUCGUCCGAGGAGAUGAGCCGUCAGAUGUCUCUCAGUAGUCAAUAUGACUUGCAGGAUGUUCCGGAGGAGGAGGAAGUCACCCGUAUGUGGGACAGCCCAGAGCCCAGCAUUGGCUACGCCCACUCUCGCUCUGUUUCUCAAGCGAGCCAGCCCCAUUCACGUUCCGUGUCCCAAGUGAGCCAGAACGCAUCUUAUCCUACCAAGGCGACUGGCCCGAAAAGGCCCCUCUCGAUUGUCGUGGCUGAGGAAUUGUCGCGCAAGUUUUCUGAGGCUCUGGGGUCCCCGACGCUACCUCAGAAUCUUCCUGAAUCCUCGCCUCAAUCCUCUGCCGACCCCCAAGAUCCCCCGCCGGAAGCACCUCGACCCCCAACCGUGGCUGGUGUACAUUCAUUCCCAUAUGAAGAGGAGGUUUACGACUCCUGGGACGCAGACAUUGAUUAUUGUUACGAGCAUGCAGCAGAAUCUACCAGUAACUUCGACUGGACUCGCUCCUCCCUGGAUGAGGCCCGGCCCCAGAUUGCGACUACUACCACAGAAGAGUUACAACCAUGGCUGGCUGCCCCAAAGGCCCGUCAGCUCGAGCCCAGCCCGCUGAGCACAUCCACCCUUGCGACGCCUGAUUUGGAAACGAGCUCGGCGCGCUCUGCACCCGUCUCGGCUGCCACACCCUCUACAACCGACUAUGAGCGGGACUUCAUCUCCCGGACCCCUGCGGGCUACUUCCAGCCCAUGAGCUCCUCGAUGCUGCCGUCUUCUCUUUCCAAGCAGCUGCCCCAAGAAACACUGUAUGAGGACUACUUGACCACCGAUGGCGAGUCGGACCGUCAUUACCCUUUCCCCCAAGGCAUGAUGAACUCUGCAGAGACCAAUCCCGUGUCCCCUCGCAGCAGCUUCUCUCCCAUCAGCAAAUGCAACUCCCAAGAAAGCUUGAUGCUUUCUCGUGCCGCUUCCUUGAUUCGCAAGCACCGCUCGUCGGUUUCUACGAAUAGUGUGCCCGAGCUGAUUCACAGUCUGUCGAGCAGUCGCGAACUGGUACCUCUUGAUCAUCGAGCCAGCGGUGAUACGUUGGCCACGACAUCCAGUAUGAGCCGCCCUGAGUCUUCCUACCACCGCCAGACCCGGAGUCUGGCAGAAGCGCAGUUCUUGGCGCAUGCCAGCAGCUCUGUAAGCCUUGCAAGUACAGAAAGUACCACUCCGGGUGCUCCGCCUCUCUCAAAUACCCCCUUCCACGAGCGUGUGCGAUCCACUGCGGAGAUGGAUGCGCGCCUGGCAAAGGUCGAGGCCGAGGUCAAUGCUGUUGUUCCCCCCGCGGUGCCUACUAGACAUCCCGGUCGAAAAGAAGAGCCGAACUACUUCGUACUCUCUUUUCCCCACAGCCGCUCCGUAUCUCUACGAGUCCACGAUGGUUUUCCUUGUAUAUGA